AUCUACCGAAUAGAGAAACUACUUAUUGAAUGCGCAGAUGAUGGCAGGAAAGGUAAAUAGUGACUAUGCUCAAAACAACUCAUUCAAGGAAGAUAUAGAUCUAACAUAAUUUGUAUUACAAAUUUAUAUCUCUAAAUAGACAUUUCUAGGCGUUUAUUCGCUAGACGAAAAAAAAAGUGUAUCAAACCAAAUUCCGUCGUCAAGUAGCUGAACUUGGUUACGACAUGCUGGUAUUCCUACAUUGAAUCUAAUAGGCAUUUCACUAAUGCAAUCUGCAAAUCAAGAAUGUGUCUAUUGGUCCUAUCAAGUACAGAAAGAUGCUGCAACAACAUUCAGCCGAGUAGAAGGAUCAAACUAUGUCCUCACCGCGUCCAAGAACAAAAUACAACUCAAAAAUCUCGGAGAUAGAGCUUCUAAACAAACAUUCCUUACUCAAAUAAAGUACAACGAUAUAUUGCUGCUUGAUUCAUGUCCUGCUACUUUGAAAGUAUUAUCUUCAAGCAGUGACAUCGCAUUUGUCAAUGAUAUGAUAACUGGUGAUGAGAUCACGCGACUAUCAAAUGAUAAUACGAACCGGGGAAUUAUUUUAGAUUGUAUAUUUAUUGGAAAUGAUGUAGUUGCAACAUGUGGAAAUGACCUGACAUUAACUUUGUUUGAUGUUAGAGAAAAUCCAGUGAAAGUCAAGCCAUGGAGUUUCACUUGCAUUCCAAAUGAUAUAUUCACUUCAAUUGGUUAUUCGUAUCCUUGUCUAGCUGUUGGAUCAGUUAGCGGGACAAUUUAUAUGGUUGAUGUGAGAAGUCAAAAGUCUAUUUCCCCCUGGAUAUCUCCAAGUUCAAUGUUAUCUGUUGAUCAACACAAGAACUUGUCGAUUCUGUUUGAUCUGACUGGAGUAAUCCGCUUAUAUAAUGUGAGAAAUAACAUACUAUUGGCGAAUAAGAAACCGGUAGGCCAAAAGGUAAGAACCAGAAUAAAUUGUAAGUAUGUUCCUGAACGAAAUUUCGUUUUAAAUGGCUCUGAAGAAGGUGCAGUUUAUUUUUCAUUACUAACUGAUGAUAACACGAAGUUUUACAAAACAUUGAAAGUUGAAAUUCCAGAUAGAUCUGCAAACGGAAUUGUGCUAGGUAUGAAUAAAGUUAAUCGUGUAGAUUAUGAUCACACUAGUAAUAGAUUAAUCGCCAGUUCUGGGGAUGGAAUGUUGCAUAUUUGGGAUAGGAUAUGUAGAUGAAUUAAUAUAAAUUCCUUUUAU